UUAAAGCCUGAAUCUAAACAGAAGUCCAUGGAUUCGCCAGCCACCCGCAAAGAUGCCGCAUGUUCACAAUGUCCAGAACGACACUGGGGACCCAUCGAACCACAAACUCGACAAGCAAGGACACGCAACGUCAAUUAACUCUGAUGUUGAUGUUAAUGGGAUCCAGAAUAACGCGAAGCGAGCGACGGCGGAAACAAUCGAAUCUGCGUCUGAGUACAGUGUUCGAAGUAGGAGAUCUUAUAUACGACCUUACUAUCGCUCGAGAUUGGUUGCAAAAACCGAGAUCGAGAAACCAUGGAUGAGAGAACGCCGGCCAAUAUGGCCAACAGUAAUUCCUUGCUUUGGAUUUGCUUGCGGUUUAGCUCUGAUCGCUGUUAUGGUAUAUCUCGGAGUGAAGUCUGUACCUAAGCACGAAUACUGUCUCGUUAUGGAAGAUGAUUUUGACGGGCCGACUUUGAAUACAUCAAUUUGGCAGCGCGAAGUUCAGUUGGGCGGCUUUGGCAACGGCGAGUUCGAAGUGACCACAAACGAUACAGCGAAUGUCUUCUUGAAAGAUGGAAAAUUGGUUAUCAAACCAACACUUCAGGAUCCGAGUAUCAUUGAUACUCCUUAUGCUCUGGUAAAUCUGACGGCAGACGGCACUUGUACGUCUGAUAUUUGGUACGAUUGCUGGGCUGCUACGAAUGCGACCAAUCAUACCAUAAUCAAUCCUAUCAAGUCGGGCAGAAUCAACACCAAAGCUUCUGCCAGUAUCCGCUAUGGCAGGGUCGAAGUUAAAGCAAAGAUGCCCACUGGUGACUGGUUAUGGCCUGCCAUCUGGCUACUUCCAGUCAAUGAUGUUUACGGCCCUUGGCCGGCUUCUGGAGAGAUUGAUAUUGCCGAAUCUCGGGGCAAUGACCAUAACUACAAAUAUGGCGGAAACAACAAGAUCAUCAGCAGUCUGCAUUGGGGACCAACAAAAGCUUUGGACCAAAGCUGGAGAGAUACGAAUACUCAGCGAAAUUUACACUCCACGUACUCCGCAAAAUUCCACACAUAUGCUCUCGAAUGGAGCGAAAAGUACCUGUAUACAUACGUCGACAGCCGCAUCCGUCACGUUAUCUAUACCAAGUAUACGAAGCCUCAAUGGACGCGUGGACAAUUUCCCCAAGUCAGUGGGGGAGAAUUAGUAUCAGACCCGUGGAACACGAAUCGUUUCAACACUCCAUUUGAUACUCCCUUCUAUCUCAUCAUCAACCUUGCCGUGGGAGGAACAAACGGCUUUUUCCAAGACCCUGACGACCAGAAGCCGUGGGUCAAUACAGCUGUCAAUGCUUCCGCUUAUUUCUGGGCUGCGAAAGAUUCAUGGCUUCCAACUUGGGUAGAAGGUAAGGCGCAGCUGGAGGUGGAAAGCGUCAAGAUGUGGCAAGAGUGUGGUUGAUCCUUUGAAAGUGAUCUCUCUUCAUGAUGUAAUUUAUUUUUUGAAAAUCGAUUUUAAGAUGUCC